AUGGAUGCCGCUGCUCCCGUGUGCUGCACGAUGCUGGAACCGGAUGACGUGCGGUCGGCAAAAUUCUGGCGCUGGUGUAAGGAAAAUCCAUACUUUGUGCCCUUGUGUUCAGGCGCAUUUGCUGGAGUUGCAUCGGAAACGCUGCUUUUCCCGUUGGACUGUCUCAAGACGCGAUUGCAAAGUCGUCAUGGUUUCAUAGCGUCCGGUGGGUUCCGAAGCAUUUACCGUGGCGUCUUCGUAGCCGUUGGUGCUGCGGCGCCUGCGUCGGCAAUUUUCUUCUCCACAUACGAGACGACCAAAAAUUGUUUGAUGCCAUACGACCGGACCAACUCCGUGCUGGCUUACUGCGGUAUUGGUCUUGUGGCAUCAAUUCUUGGGGAGUUGGCUGCUGGGGUGUGGCGCGUGCCAGUCGACCUUGUCAAACAGCGGCAGCAAGCCGGUGGUGGACAAAGGUUAAGUUCGGUUUUCCAGGGCGUGCGCAGCACACAGACAUCGAUUUUCGUUGCCUCGCUUCAGGCAUCGCUGAUGCGAGACGUGACACAUAGCAGCCUGCAGUUUCCAAUGUACGAAUAUUUGAAGCUGGUUUCUGCCAAUUUGCAUGGCGUCUCGAAAGAUGCCCUGCCAACAUGGCAGGCGGCAUCUUGUGGGACCGUUGCUGGAGUGGUGUCUGCCUUCCUUUCGACACCCUUGGAUGUGCUUCGCACACGGCUAAACCUGCGGGAGGACCAAUGCACUGGUGCUGCGAAAAAGAAAGCGACGCAUUUGGUCCAGGAGGAGGCUAUGAUGGUCUACAGCGAGCGCGGUUUUAGAGGCUUCUUUGCCGGAUGUACUUGCAGAGCAGCGUGGAUGGGGCUUGGUGGCUUCAUCUUUCUGGGAAGCUUUGAACUUGCAAAGAAGAACCUUGUUUCUACCGAGAAUGACUCGGUGCAGCCGCAGGUCCCGGCCGUGGUUACACCGACGCUAGCACCCAAAGCCGAGCUCACGACGGCUCCUGGGCAUCGGCAACUGGGUUUGGAACCACCGGCACUGGUGUCCUUUUCUUCUGGGCUGUUGGCAGGGGUUGCUGUUGAUGUGCCUUUGCAUCCUCUGGACACGCUCAAGACACGAAUGCAGUCCACUGACGGGUUCUGGGCUUCGGGUGGCUAUCGCAACUUGUGGAGCGGGCUGAGUGCAGUUCUGGUGGUUUCGAUUCCUGGAAGUGCGCUUUUCUUUGUGAUCUAUGAAUCUGCCAGACACUUUGUGGAGCGUCGAAUUCCAGCGGCUCUUCACGAUAAUACUUUGGCAAUAGCCCGCGAUGCCGUUGCUGCCUCUGUCGCCGAUGUAAGCGCCUGCAUUGUAAGAGUGCCUUGCGAAGUGCUGAAGCAACGAAUGCAAGCUUUGGGGCCGAAUGGCGUUUCUUUGAGUUUCUCCCAGACCGUCUCCUGUGUUCACGCGGAAGGAUUGCGUGGAUUCUACGCAGGGUUUGGAGCCACGGCUAUGCGUGAAGUGCCUUUCGCGCUCAUCCAAAUGCCGCUCUUUGAGGAGCUGAAGCACCACCACCCAUGGGCAUGCAAGUCUCAACAAGACGGCAGCACCUACAGACAAGGUCUGAUUGGCAUGCAUUGCGGCUCGGUGGCUGGCGGAUUUGCUGGUGUGGCCACCACUCCGCUGGACGCAGCAAAAACGCGAAUCAUGCUAACAGAAGAUCCUCGACGUCGACUGGGUCUUUGGUGUACGAUGCGGGCUAUUUGCCAGGAGAGCGGAAUGUCGGGCCUUUUUCGUGGAGCAAUGCCAAGGGCUUUGCACUCAGGCUUGGGUGGCGCUCUUUGGCUUGGCGCCUUUGAAUGGUCGAAGCUGCUUCUUUGGGUCUAA